GCUCUCCGUCUCUGAAAAUUUCAAUUUCCAAAUCCCAAACGGAUUCAGAGAAGGCGGCUGCCUUAUAAACAGAUCUCUCGUCUCUGCUCCAUUUGCAAUCCUCGCGAUUUUCCUUCCAGUUUUGACUCCUCUUGCCCCGGCAGCGUUGAUAAUUGAUUUGGUUGAACGAAGAUGGGAGGUGGAUUUAGAGUCCUUCAUCUGGUCAGACCGUUCCUUUCGUUUCUCCCCGAGGUGCAGAGUGCCGAUCGGAAAAUUCCAUUCAGAGAGAAGGUCAUUUAUACUGUUAUCGCGCUCUUCAUCUUCUUGGUAUGCAGCCAGCUUCCUCUGUAUGGGAUUCACUCCACCACGGGCGCAGAUCCGUUUUACUGGAUGCGUGUGAUUCUCGCUUCCAAUCGUGGUACCGUCAUGGAGCUUGGGAUCACCCCGAUCGUCACAUCUGGUAUGGUGAUGCAACUCCUGGUUGGCUCCAAGAUUAUUGAAGUCGACAACAAUGUGCGGGAGGACCGUGCUUUAUUAAAUGGUGCACAGAAAUUGUUGGGCAUCCUGAUAGCUGUCGGUGAGGCAGUUGCUUAUGUUCUCUCGGGAAUGUAUGGUAGCGUUAGUCAACUUGGUGUUGGAAAUGCUAUUCUUAUAAUUGUUCAACUCUGCUUUGCUGGUAUUGUUGUCAUAUGCUUGGAUGAGCUUCUUCAGAAAGGAUAUGGUUUAGGAUCUGGAAUUUCCCUCUUCAUAGCAACCAAUAUGUGUGAAAACAUUAUCUGGAAGGCAUUUAGUCCGACCACCAUUAACAGUGGAAGAGGAGCUGAAUUUGAAGGAGCUGUCAUUGCAUUAUUCCAUCUUCUGAUUACCCGAACAGACAAGGUUCGGGCAUUGCGGGAAGCAUUCUAUCGGCAGAAUCUUCCAAACGUGACGAAUCUGCUUGCUACAGUCUUGAUCUUCUUGAUUGUGGUAUACUUCCAAGGGUUCCGUGUGGUGCUGCCUGUGAGGUCAAAGAAUUCCCGUGGACAACAGGGUUCUUAUCCAAUUAAGCUUUUCUACACCUCCAACAUGCCAAUUAUCCUACACUCUGCCCUUGUAUCUAACCUUUACUUCAUCUCUCAGUUGCUGUACAGGAAGUACAGUGGGAACUUUUUGGUGAACCUUUUGGGCAUAUGGAAGGAGUCUGAGUACUCAAAUGGUCAAUCCAUCCCUGUUGGCGGCCUUGCUUAUUACAUUACCCCACCAUCAAGCUUGGCUGAUAUGGCGGCCAAUCCUUUCCAUGCUCUGUUCUACCUUGUUUUCAUGUUAUCAGCAUGUGCACUCUUCUCAAAAACUUGGAUUGAAGUUUCUGGAUCCUCUGCCAGAGACGUAGCCAAGCAGCUGAAGGAACAACAAAUGGUUAUGCCUGGGCACCGUGAAUCUAACCUACAGAAGGAGUUGAACCGUUACAUACCCACAGCUGCAGCAUUCGGAGGAAUGUGCAUUGGUGCGCUGACCGUGUUGGCUGAUUUCAUGGGAGCAAUCGGGUCCGGGACUGGAAUUCUACUUGCAGUCACAAUUAUUUAUCAGUACUUCGAGACCUUUGAGAAGGAGAAAGUCAGUGAACUGGGUCUGUUCGGUUUCUAAACUCGCUUCGAGUUAGCGAGUUUAAUUUAUACUUUGGUGGUGCCAAAGAGCUCCCUGUCAAUUUUGGUGCCUAGGGAUUUUCACGAGUUUUAUGUUAACACAUCUUAAGAUCUAAAGUCCACGAACCAGGUUUAACUCUAGCUUUCUUUCAACUGUUAAGGGCAAGAUAAUAUCAUCAUCAUCUUGAGACUUUGUAUCUCCCAGCUCUUUCUUUUGUGCUUCUACUUCCAUGUUCGUUUUCACGACAACAACACCGUAGAUUACCGUAGAUUUAAAAGAUAAACGAAGAAGUCGAGUUUAUAUGGUAGCUAAGGAGUUGUACAAAGGCCUAAUAGCUGAAACUUUGUUCGUCGGUCAAGCUUCCAUGUUUGUAGCCUUCAAAGUUUGUGUUUUUCAAUUUGUAACCUUGGAUUUGUUUUUCACCA